AGCAGUUGUCCAGCAUCUUCAAAACACACCGAUGGCAAAAUGGCGCAAGUGAGGUACUGCCGAAUAGCGCUGAGAUUAUGGCUGUGUUGUGCUAGUGUCUGUCUCGUGUGUGGCCUCCAGGACGACCGAAGUGAUUCGUCGAGCCUCGCCUCAUCCUCCCUUGGAAAGGCAACCACCUUCUACAACCCUGCUCUCCACAAAAAUAAACCCACCGUUACCGACGAUGGUGCGGACGAGAUAAGCGAGUCGGGCACCAGUGCCGCCGCAGGUAGAGAUAGUGCCAGUGCCAGUGCCAGUAGUGGUAGUAGCAGCAACAUUAGCACUGAUUUUGGUGCCGUUGGGAAGUCCCAAGGAAAAGCAAAUGGUGGGGGAGGCGGCAGUGGUGGUGUCAAAGAUGCCUCCAGCAAAAGGAACACGAGUAGUGAUGGUUGGGGAGGGGGAGGAGGAGGAGGAGGUGGUGGUGGUGGUAUCGGCGGUGGUGGAGGAGGAGGAAAUAUAGGAAGGGCCAUAGGUCCAGGAGGCGGUGGAGGAGUAGGAGGAGGUGCUGGAGUUGGAGUAGGUGGAGGGAUAGGAGGGGUAGGAGGAGGAGGAGGAGGGGGCGAGCUAGCCCACCGACUGAAAGCAAACGCCACGACUUCUCUCGCCGGCUAUCUUCUUCUGCUGUUCAUCUCGGUCGUGAUUGCUGGGGCGUUGUUCGUCAUGCUGCUCUGCUUCAUUCACAAGUGGAAGGAAAACAUGGGCACUGCGAGAUACCCCCGCGUCGUGUAUUCCAUGCUCCGGCAGAGCGAGGACGAGCCAGAAGACGUCCUGGGUGAGAUCCUCAUCAACAUCGGUCUGGCCGACCCGGAGGAUGCCCGGCCGCUCACGCCCUCUUCCUCGGAGACCUCCGAGUCCCCCCAGCCGUCCGAACAAGAGAUGAAUAUCAGUGAUUUUGAUGGGUCAAAGUUCACGACAAUUCCCUUGAGGGCGGACGAGGCAGCCAAGAGAUUGAUGGCUCCCGCUGAAGCCGAGGAAUCAGACGAGGAGCUUCUACAGUAGCUGUCUCUCCUAGAAGUCGUGUCAACAUAUCUCUUUAGGCAGAUUGUACUCGUAUCUUCAGUGCCACUGAAACAAACCAUUCAUACAAGAAAGAGAGAGAGAGAGAGAGAGAGAGAGAGAGAGAGAGAGAGAGAGAGAGAGAGUGUGUAGGCAGUGUGGUUGCAUGAGUGUAUAUAUGAAAUUAAUGUUCUUGCGUGCUUGCGCGUGUAGAAUGGCAAGCCUCCGCUAAAGGUGCUGUUAUUACUUGAGUAUUGCAAGGUACACCAUCAUGAUGGAAUUUAUCCUCCGCUCUAUAGCCAGCCAGUCCUGGAUAACCGCCUCUAUAUUGUGAUGCUGUUAUUCCCCCUACAAAUCUGAUUGCCGAUAACUGUUCUGUCGUUUAUGUCGAUAGAUAUUAUGCCAUUUAUGUUUUGUGAAUAAGUGAUCACUUGUAGUGGAUAAAUCAUUUUGUUUAAAAAAAUGCAGAUGGGAUAUAUGUAUAUGUAUAUAUAUAUAUAUAU